AUGGAAGUUGCAGUGAUAGAUAUGGUGAAUACAGCAUUUGCGGAUGUAAGAAAAUGCAUUCGAGUCCCAUUUGGUCAGGGGAUGCGUGGCAUGAGGAUGACAGUUGAGGCUCUUAUCUGCGUAGAAGGGAAUGAUAGGACAGGACCUCCCCGUUGGGGUUUGCGGGAGGUAAAAAAUGAUACAAAUUGGCGUACGUACAUGAGGUUUGCAAGCGCACCUGGUGCUGCUAUGUACGGACGGCCGAUGGUGUAUGUGAAGUUUAUUUCAGCUAGUGAUGAUGUCGGAAGCAGUAGGAGCGCUGCAGAGGAGCAUAUGUCCAUCACCGCAGGCCCUAAUACCGGCCCGUCGGAGCAGCUUGCCAUCACCGCUGCUCCUAGCAUCGGCCCAUCGGAGCAGAUGCCUAGCCACCAUAAUGCUGGCCCAGGAUAUUGGUACGCGGUUGUCGACAUCAGCGAACACGUGGAGGGAUUGCCUGAGGGGUUGGAUGAUGACGCUCCUUCAUCUUCGUCUGAAUCCUCAUCGGACGAAGAAGGCGCUGGUCCUUCCCAGAGGGCAGUUCCAGGUCCAAUGGACCCUGACUUCUUACAGACCAUGACCAUAAGCAAUGAAUUUCGCUCUGUUCCAGUCCUAGGAGAGGACAGUCUGCUAGUUGGUCAGAGUUUCCCUGACAAGGACUCCGCUGACCAGGCAAUAAAGAGGUAUGCAUUGGGCAUAUCUCGGCAGCACAGAGCGAAGCAGUCUGAUCGAAGUCAGCUAAAAGUGAUAUGUGUCAAAUUGAAUGAGGGGUGUAGGGGGAGAGUGAUCGCUCGAAAGAGCUCUGGGGUAUGUCAACCCUGGCAUAUCUCAAAAAUAGAACCACAUACCUGCGAGCAGGUUGGGGCUCUGGAUAACCACCGGAACGUCACCGCAAAAUAUGUGUCACAUAUCAUGCAAGUGUUGGUGGAAAAAGACAUCAAUGUCAGUGUGAAGACGUUGCAAGAGACUGCAGAAGAUCAGAUUGGCUUCCAUGUCAGUUCCGGAAAGGCAAGGCGUGCGAAGGAGGAGAUCUUCCAAAGGCUGUACGGCACAUAUGAGCAAGCGUAUGACCUAGCCCCCAGAAUGCUCCAUCAGAUAUCGUCAAGUAACCCCGGGACUCAAGUAUUCAGAAGACAACAUCAACACCCCAGGGAGCCAAAUGAAGAACUACUUGACCGUUUAUUCUGGGCAUUCCCCCAGGCUAUACAGGCAUUCCAACACUGUCGUCCGGUGAUAUCAAUAGAUGGUACCUUCCUCACUGGAAAGUACAAGGGCACACUCUUGUUGGCGAUCGCAGCAGAUGCAAAUAAUCAACUCCUUCCUAUUGCAUAUGCAUUGGUGGAGAGCGAGAAUAAAGAUAGCUGGUUCUGGUUCCUGUGCUGCUUGAAGAUAUCAGUUGUCGGAAACCGCCCCGAUGUUUGCAUUAUCUCUGAUCGCAACACGGGGCUAUUGAGCGUGCUAGAAUUUUUGAAGGUGGCACAAGAUCCUGAAUGGGGGUGGCCCGAUCUAGAGACAAGGUGGUGCAUGCGGCAUCUGGCAGCCAAUUUUUAUUCAAAAUUCAAGAACAAGGAUUGGUUCAAGCUGUUCAAGAGAAUGUACAUGCAGAAGACAACAGAAGAUGAAUGCAAUUUGGAGUGGAAUCAAUGCAGAAAUUGA